UAGAUACCUUGAUAUGAGUAAACCAAAGAUAAAGAGGAAUAAUGUCCUAGAGAUCAAAUUUGUGGCUGAUGAAGAUGUUCUGAAGCACAUCUCUGAGGAUGCAGGUCUUAAAGUUCGGAAGUUAAAUGCUCCACAUACAUUUGAUAUUAAAAAAUGGAUGAAAAAUCCAGAGAACAGCUCCGAUGAUGAAGCCCAGGAUAUUUUUAAAGAACAGGAUUAUGUGACUGCACUAGAUGUCCAAGAAUCGAUGAGAAAUGGCUCCAGUGCAAGUGGAGGUGAUGUUUUUCCAUUCCAAACUCCAAAACGCUCUAGUAGGAUGGCAGAAAAAGUUUCUGAGCUAAUUCAGAACUCUGGAAAGAAUGUAAAACAUGACCUCUUGAAGAAGCUUGAGGAGAAAACCAACACUCCUGAAAUCAGCAAGAAAUAUUCUUCAAGCAAAGACCAGGAAGAGACUAAGAGGAAUGAUUUUUUAUCAAAAUUAUCUUACUGGACUCGGAAAAGAAUGACAGCUUUAAACAUGUGCUCUGAUAGUGAAAGUGAUUAUUCUGCUUCAUACUCUGAAGAAGAAGGGGAUGAUGCUUGCGUGGUAUCUGCUGAUGAAGCUGUUUGUCCAGAAAUGCCAAUCAGAUCCCAAACCUCUUCUGUUCCACCUAACAAAGAAACACCUACUAAGAAGCUGAAGAGAGGCAUUUCUAGCAGUUUGGUAGAAGAGUAUUUUGAAGCACACAGCAGUUCCAAAGUUUUAACCUCUGAUCGAACACUGCAGAAACUGGAGAAAAAAAAACUGGAUCAGGAGUCCCUGAAAAACUUCUUGAGCAACGUACCUGUUGCUUUUGCUGUUGAACGUGAGAAGUUAAUCAAACAACAUGAAUCUCUCUUCUACAAAUGGAUGUUGCAACUGCACCUGGGCUUCAAUAUUGUGCUCUAUGGAUUAGGUUCAAAGAGAGAUCUGUUGGAGAAUUUCCGUAUUUCUCUUCUUCAGGAUUCUGUACAUCUUGUUGUAAAUGGAUUCUUCCCCAACAUCACCGUGAAAUCAAUUUUGAAUUCCAUAACAGAAGAGGUAUUGAAUCACAUGGGUACCUUUCGUAGCCCCCAGGACCAGGUGGACUUCAUCCUAAAAAGAUUUAAAGAAGAUGUUUCUUUGGAGCUAUAUCUUCUCAUCCACAACUUGGACAGUCAAAUGUUAAGAGGAGAUAAAAAUCAGCAAAUCCUAGGACAGUUGUCUUCGCUUUCCAAUGUCUACCUCAUAGCGUCUAUUGAUCAUAUUAAUGCACCGCUCAUGUGGGAUCAAGCAAAACAAAGUAUGUAUAAUUGGUUGUGGUAUGAAACAACCACAUUCAGUCCUUAUGUAGAAGAAACAUCCUAUGAGAACUCCCUCUUGGUACAGCAUUCUGGAUCUUUGGCAUUGAGCUCCCUCACACAUGUUCUCUGCAGCCUUACUCCUAAUGCAAGGGGUAUUUUUAGGCUCUUGGUAGAGUACCAGUUGGAGAAUAAGGAAAAUCCCUCCUAUCUAGGUCUUUCUUUCCAAGAUUUGUAUCAACGGUGUCGGGAGGCCUUCUUGGUCAAUAGUGACCUAACUCUUAGGGCUCAGCUCACAGAAUUCAGGGAUCACAAGCUCAUUCGGACUAAGAGGGGUGCUGAUGGAGUAGAAUAUUUAUUAAUUCCUGUGGAUGCUGGAAUAUUGGCUGACUUUUUGCAAAAAGAUAAUGACGUUUGAAGGUUCAUACAGCCAAGGGCAAUUGCUGUUAAGAACUGUUGGAUUUUAUCCUACCGUGUAGCCAUUUUGCUGAUCUCAGGAGUCUAAUCUACCUGUAAUAAUGGAGUAUGAUGCUGUAUAAGCCAAGCCAAUUUUAACUGUUCAGGUUUCUCCCCUUGCCAGUCUAUACCAUCACAGACCAAGAAAAUGUCAUCCAUCGAUAAUAAUGUGCCUUCUGUUCAUAAAUCUUCUGGAAAUAAGGGCUUAACUGGAGAACUUGUGCUUGAUAAUACAUGUGGUUGGCUUUUAGUAGCUGAAUCCUUUUCAGCUAUUUAUUGGUGUAUUUUUAAUACAUCGUAUAUACAGACUAUUUUUGAUCUUCAAGUAUGUGUCAUGUGAGAUGGAAGGAUUGGGUUAGGAAACUGGUUUGACUUGAGCAAAAUAAACUAUUGAUACCAGA